GGGCCGGCUGCUGCUUUAAGGGGAGGGACGGAAGCCUGACCCGUCCCCGGGCUCGGCCGAGCCCUCAAAGCCACCGCAGACCGACCCAGCCCGGCUCCGACCCGCCGGGGCUGCCAUGGGCUCCCUGGGGCGCUGCCUGGCCCGGAGCCUCCCCCGGGGGCAGCCGGGCCUGAGCACCCCCGGGCCCCGCUGCUACGGCUCCGCUCGGGCUCCUGCUGCCACCGUGUCCGUGUGUGGUGGGCUGCCGUGUCCCGCGGAGGUGACAGUGACCCGCGGUCCCCGCGCAGCGCCCCCGGCGCUGCAGGAGAAGACGCUGGUGGUGGCCAAGCCGGACGCGCUGCAGCGGCGGCUGCUGGGGGACAUCAUCCAGCGCUUCGAGCGCCGCGGCUUCAAGCUGGUGGCCAUGAAGCUGCUCCAGGUGGACCGGAGGCUCGUGGACCAGCACUACGAGCAGCUGCGGCUGAAGCCCUUCUACCCCGCGCUCGUCACCUACAUGACCUCGGGGCCGGUGGUGGCCAUGGUGUGGGAGGGCUAUGACGUGGUGCGGAGCACGCGGGCCAUGGUUGGGGACAGCGGCGCCGUGGGGACCAUCCGGGGCGACCUCAGCGUGCACAUCACCAGGAACGUGGUCCAUGCCAGCGACUCCGUGGAGACGGCCCAGCGGGAGAUCGGCUUCUGGUUCCAGCGGGACGAGCUGGUGGCGUGGGACAGCAGGGACAGGGACAGCAUCUACGGGCUCUAGGGUCGGACCCCGGCCGGGGCCACCCCCGCCCCCAAUAAACCCCGGCGCCUCCA